AUGAAGACCUUGUCCGACGAGGAGCUCACGAAUCUCGCGGGCAAUUACUUCGCCCCGAAGGGACUUUACCGUCACACGAAAGGCUUGCCAUUCUUGGGUAGUCUUGAGUGUAACACAAAGACACUCAUUGCUGGGCAAUGGACUGAACUCAUCGUGGAAUACACAGUUGGUGCCAGUGGCCUUGCUGAUGGAGCUUGGAUCAAAGGAACCUUCAAGUUCUACUCGGACUGGGCGCUGUUUCAGACUUCCGACCCAAAGGAAGACAACUACGUAUCGGUAGAAUACACGCCAGGCCCUCUCCACGAAGGACAAACAGCGGCGACGGUACAGUCACUGGCUGUUCGUUUCGACCAAAAGGGCCACGAGCGACCAUUCCAAAAGGCCAUUAUCGUUGACAUUGUCGACGGUUACAUGAACCCCGGAGAUAGGAUUACUGUUCGAAUUGGCGACAGACGAUGGGGAUCGCGGGGUACCCGAGUUCAAACAUUCGUUGAAGACAAGUUCUUGAUGAGGUGGUAUAUUGAUCCAGUCGGAACUUCAAGGUUCGCUCCUAUCAAGCCUGACAUUGCUUUUCCAAUCAAACCGGGACCAGUUGCUAGAGUCAAGGCCACAACUCCCCGAGUUGUUAGGCCCGGCGUUCCCGUCCCCCUUCACGUCCAUACCGAGGAUAUCUGGGGCAAUGCGACAGCAGACCUAAGCAAUCUGAAAGCUGAAGUCAAAUUGACCAAAGUAGGCUCCAAGGCAGAGGUCGUCCAGACUAAAACCUUGCCUUUCGCAGCUCAGGGAUGGACGGUGAUGAAUGACACAUACGAGAUGGUCGAAGAUGGGGACUACGAUCUCGUCGUGGCAGUAACUGAUGGCGAGGGAUCUGUCAUUGCCACAGCUACUGACUAUAUAUCUGUCGAUGCCUCUCUACCCAUCCCUCGGCCGUUGUACUCUGAUCUUCACGUCCACUCCGAUGACACUGUCGGCACCAACUCAACCACAUACAACUUCUCUUACGCCAAAGAAAUUGCCGGCCUUGACGUCGUCGGAUACACUGCUAAUGAUUUCAACAUUACCAAAGAGAAGUGGGAACACACGCUUGAGAUCAUUAAGGGAGUUAAUUCGCCCGGCGAACUUGUCGUAUUCCCUGGGACAGAAUGGUGUGGCAACUCAGCCGCUGGCGGUGAUCACAACGUCGUCUUCCUCGAUGACCCGAAGACGAGUCAACCCGAGUUCCCUUUUGACAAGAAAGGGAAUGUAGCUCGUAGCUUCGAGUGGAACGAGGACGGACCGGCAGAGCUGAUACCCGGCGCUUGGCCGCUGGAUGAAGUCUACGCGACUUACGCUCAUUCACCUGAAAGCCACCUCUUGAUCCCCCACGUUGGCGGUCGUCGAUGCAACCUAGCCUGGCACCAUCCCCAGUUGGAACGUCUUCUCGAAAUUGGCAGCGCUUGGGGGUUAUUCGAGUGGCUUCUUCGCGACGCCGUGAAACGGGGCUGGAAACUCGGCGUUUCCGCCAAUUCGGACGAGCACCGGGGCCGGUGUGGAGGCGGAGUACCCGGAACUGCCGUCUUUGGCACUAAGGGUGGAUUGACUGGCGUCUUGGCCGACAGGCUGGAGCGUGGUGAGGUUGCGAAGGCCUUACGGGCAAGACGUACGUUUGCGACAACAGGCGAACGCUUAGUUGGGAUCGUACGCACCGACAACGGACAUCUUCAAGGCGAUGAUGUAUCCGUUAAGGAUAACGAGAAACUCGUUCUCAGGUACAGCUUCUUUGGUGCGGGAGGGUACUCUUCCAUCGAGGCUUGGGAUGCGAGUGGUCGGAUUCUCCACCGAGAUCUCCAGAAAGAAGCAGAAACUCACGCCACGGCGUCAACUCCUAGAAAGAUUCGCGUGACUUGGGGAGGGGCUCGCGUUUACGACAGAUAUCGUGAGGCUGUCUGGCACGGAUCAAUCCUCCUUCCUGGGGCGGUCAUCUCGCAUGUUCGACCUUUCGGGGGCGUGCUUCACAAUGCCGAAGAUGAGAUCAAGCAACUUUCCCAAGACCAAGUCGUCUUCGAGACCCGAACAAGCGGGGAUUUCGAUGGUGUUGACAUUUUCCUUGAUGACACAUCGGGAACCCCCUCUACUAUCAGCGUAUCGGGCCAUUUAGGUGGAUACGUCAAAGUUGGUGACGCCCUCAAAGGAAACCCCCACAACCCGCAACCUCGGUUCAACUUGGUUGCAACGGCAAAGGACUUGACUCAGGAAGGAGGGGUGCGCGACGACAUAGUAGGCGGUGCUGACCUCUUUGUGUCCAUCGAUAGUCUGUUGGAUGUUCCAUUGCCCAAAAGAGUUGAAGGCAGCUUCACUGUGAAGGCAGAGUCUGGUAGUGGUGGUGACCGGGCGGUGUACUUUGUAGGCAGAGAGUAUGGUGGAGGGAAGGUCAUCACCAGUCCUGUAUUCAUCAAGUACGAAUGA